CUAAGGUAUCUAGGAAAACCAAAAUGCAAGCUCUCAAUUAUGUCUUGAUUAAGGAUGUGCUUUAUAGGAGAGGCCAUGAUGAACUACUGCUGCGUUGUCUAGGUCCAGAUGAAAGUUUCCAGAUACAUGGUUUCUUCUGGCCAUCUGUCUUGAAAGAUUGUAUUGCUUAUGCCAAGGGUUGCAAAUCUUGUCAGAUCCAUGGACCACUUCAAAGAGUUCCAGCCUCUGAACUCAAUCCUAUUGUGAAACCGUGGCCAUUUCAAGGCUGGGCUAUUGACUUGAUUGGUAAAGUGUACCCUCCUUCAUCAAAAGGUCAUUCAUUUAUUAUAGUGGCAAUGGAUUAUUUUACCAAAUGGGUGGAGGCUAAACCAAUGAAGAAGGUAAAUCAAUCUGAUGUAAUCAAGUUCAUCAAAGAGGACAUUAUUCAUAGGUUUGGUCUACCAGAAACAAUUACAACAGACCAAGGUACAAUUUUUGUUAGCCAUCAAGUGGAGGCAUUUGCAAAGGAAGUAGGUUUCCGUCUGCUAAAUUCUACUCCACAUUAUGCACAAGCUAAUGGGCAAGCUGAGGCUUCUAACAAGGUGUCUGGGGAAUACGAUAAGGCCAUGAUGCUUGAGCUUGAGGACCUUGAAGACACACGUUUGACAGCUUUGGAUAGAUUGCAAGCUCAAAAGCUCAAAAUUGCAAAGUCUUUCAACAAGAGAGUGAAAGGACCAUUCCGAAUUCAUGAAGUGUUGAGAGAGGGUGCUUAUUGGCUAGAGUCACUUGAUGGAGAGCUUCAUCCUAGAAAAAUCAAUGGAAUUUACCUCAAGCCUUAUUACCCCACAGUUUGGGAGGCAAGAGGAAUGGAGUCCCAAGAAGCUAUCUGAGCCAGGUUCGCACUUCUUUUUGUGCAUAAUUAAAUUGGGUUUCUUUCA